CUUCAGUCGUCCUUUCCCCGUCAACACAAUGUCCGGCACUGGGCUUUCGUUUGAGCGCAAUACGUUCAUGCCAGCAAUGGCCAUGAAUCUCAACCGGCCGUCCUCUGCCUCUGCUGCUGCGUCCAACGCAAUGCGCCCGCUCUCAGCACCGGCCACAGACGGACCCACCCGACACACAUCAAACCCGAUCGUCACUGGCACCUCAGUGCUCGCCAUCAAGUACGCUGGCGGCGUCGUCGUCGCUGCAGACACGUGCGGCUCGUACGGCAGCCUUGCCAAGUUCCGAAACAUUUCGCGCAUGAACACGGUUGGCAGCAAGACGCUCCUCGCCAUGUCUGGCGACUAUGCCGACUAUCAAUACGUCAAGAAGACUUUGGAUGAUUUGGUAAUUGAAGACGAGUGCGUCAACGAUGGCCACCAAUUGUCAUCGUCCUCCAUCUUUAGCUACUUGAGCCGUGUCAUGUACAAUCGCCGCUCCAAGAUUGAUCCUCUUUGGAACACUUUUGUUGUUGCUGGCUCGUCCAACGGCCAACCAUUCCUAGGAACGGUCGACAAGGUCGGCGUUGCUUACACAGAAAAUCACAUUGCGACCGGCUAUGGCGCAUACAUGGCGUUGCCUUUGAUGCGCGAUGCUUAUGCCGCAAAUCCCAACAUGACCCUCGAGCAAGCGCAAACAGUCAUCAACGAGUGCUUGAAGGUCAUGUACUACCGCGAUGCUCGCUCCUGGAACCAGUACGAAAUGGCAGUCAUCACGAACGACGGCGUCAGCAUUUCGCAACCAUACACCUUGCCAACAGACUGGUCAAUUGCCACCAUGUUCCAAGGUUAUGAAUAACAAAAAACCCAUGGGCUGGUUUUCUUUUGCGCGCUGAUGAAAAUGUCCAGUUUACGUUGUUUUGUGAAAGAGAAUCAAAUUGUGUUUAGCUGAAAAAACCAUAC